AUGACAGCAACGGACGAUCAAGGCGCCAAACGAGGAGCCGUGGCGUGUUUGCAGGGAGAUGCCUUACAACACUGCCGGGCAAUCACCUGUCGUUGCAUCAAUGUUGGCAGUGAUAUCUCGGGCGCCAUUCCUAUACCGCUACUUCGGACCUGGGCGAUGUCAGCAUCACACGACUGCAGGAGGUGAUCCUAGCAUCUGAUGAUGUUCACCUUUGGUAUGUGCCUCUGUUGCGCUGGUGUUUGUAGUCUUACUGUAUGUUGGGUUUCGUAUCUGGAGUAUUUACUGUAUUUCAGACGGUUUCAUUGUCUUGUUGUACGGUUUCUCCACGUAUCCGACACGGUGCCUGGCAAAAGUACUACAUCGAAGUCAGGUACCAUACAUUAGAGAUUGACGAUGAUAUCUCGAUGCCAGCAGUCUCCGAUCAAACCUCUGGCGCUCUUACGAUAUGCAUCCUUAUCACCAGGGAUAUACCUAUCGCCUUGAUGAUGCGAUCCGAUUAGUCCAUCACUCUAAACAUCCAUGGACCUAACCAAUAGAAAAAGCAAAACCUAACUACCAAUCGCUAUUAGUCUGAAAUCAACAAAAGUUAA